AUGCGAUGGCCAACGAAAAUCGGAGGAUACCCCUUCCACCCUAGCUAUCGUGGUGAGUCAAGCCAUAUCGUUUAAGGUGGCACAACAUACAAACAAGCUUUCUUCCAAGCCCGCCACAGAAGAACAGUUUCACUCACUCACUCUACCACUUUCACGACAGCGCACAAAUUGGUCAAAAAACCUCCGGGCAGAUCAAGACCUGGAACCUACCCUAAUAGAUCCUGUUUUUUCUGUGGCAGCAAGCAGCAACACUCCUGUGACAUAUGCCCAGCUUCAUCUCAGAUUUGCAACUGUUGUCACAAAAGUUAUCAAUUCGCAGGCGUCUGUCAACAGGCUGCCAAAGACAACCGAAACUUCAGACCUGCCUUCCAGACGGGAACACAUGAGAGUGGUGGAACACGAAAAGCACUCCUACACCCUUCUCGAGGAAGGCAUACAGUAUAAGAAUUGCUUCACCCUCGCUUGCACCCCCACACACUGGUGUCCCUACGACGGCCCCACCCUCUGACAAAGGCCAUUUCGUCCUGCCCCUUUUGGAGGACCCAGACUCAAAAUGCAGGGCGCAAAUUCCUUUCCCAAUAGAUUUGGCAGCUUCGUGCAACACCCUUCUAUCCUGCCACCUCUCCAGCAUGCCCUGGGCCAAAAUUCUACAGUCCAAAACGGUGAUACUACCCUAUGCCAGUCCAUCAAUCAAACCCAUUAGUCAAGUUACCCUCCAAGCCAGUAAAGGUAAAUCCACGAGCAACCUCACCCUUCAAGUCAUUAACAAUGACCAACUAGCCUUACUCAGUACAGAGGCGAGCAUAGCACUUGGUGCACUAACUCUACAUGUGGACUUCAUAAGGAAAUAUUUUACCAGCAACCCUUCCCAGCCACUGCGGACUGAACCUGCCAGCCACCAUGAAUCAGAAACUGGGCCACUUCCACCACCCCCAGAUACGUCAAUGCGAGUCUGGCCUACACUUGGGACUUGAACUCUGGAAUCCAUUUCCGAGAAUUGGACCUCACUCUUUUAAGGUCUGGGCUUCCUCGGCCCAUCCAUCGAUUUCAACCUUUCUAGAUGUUAAACCCAUCAUGCCCCCAUUUACCGCGAGCCCAUUUCAAUCAAAGUGGCCCUGGAUGCAUAUGAAGCCACUGGCCAGCUGAAAAGGGUAUCUCAACGGACAGACUGGAUAUCUAACACGGUUGUAUUAGAGCGAGAACCAACUCCCACCAAACCAGGAAUAACGCGGAUCAGCUUAAACCCUUCUCAGACCCUCGACAAAGCCAUUCGAUGUCCAAAGUACCUGCACAAGCUGCAUGGAAUGCAAUAUAUGUCGGUAAUAGAUAUCCAAGAGGCCUUUCAAAACAUUCCCCUGUCCUUAAGAUCAUCUUUAAUGACCACAACGUUUAGACCAUGGGGUCGCUACAGAUGGACUAGGCCACCAUUUGGCAUAAUACGAGGAUAUUAUUCUCUGCAUCCAAAGAAUGGCAGCGCCGAAUUCAUAUGGUACUGGCCUCCCAGACAUCAGUGCUGUGACGAAAUCUUAAUCCCUGGCUGCGUUGCCAAUAACACGGAAGCCAGAAUUGACCACGAACGUAACCUCAUCAACGUACUUAAGGAAUUUGUACAAUGUCAUGUCAAGCUUCAUGUCAACAAGAUGAAAUUACUUGUUCGCAAAGCCAUCUUCAUGAGCCAUGUUACCAAUACGGAUGGCUUCCAGCCCAACCCUGUCACGGUCAAAGCAAUAAUUGCCAUGCCCACUCCAACCGACAAGGAAGCAGUGUCCCGAUUCAUAGGGGCUAUUAAUUACCUGGCCAAAUUCUGUCCCCAACUUAGCAGCGUCACCCAACCCCUAUACAACCUCACCAAUCCUAUGAUCUAAGGCACCAGCAAGCCUUUGCCAAGUCCUAGCCACCUCUGCAGCAUGACUGGCAUACUUCGACGUAACUACGCCUCUGAUCCUUCGAGUGGACGCCUCAGACUAUAGCCUGGGAGCUUCUCUCUUACAGCCUAUCAUACUACACAAUAGCAGUGCCCUUGACAAGUCUUCUCUACGACCCACUGCGUACAGCAGAAGGCCUAACCACUACCGAGCAGCGCUAUGCGCAACUCGAAAAAGAGCGCCUGGCUAUUGUCGCAGCCUUCAAAAAAUUCCGGUAAUGGCUUUUGGGAAAAUCCAACACAGAGUCCAUAUAGACCACCAACCACUUCAGCCAAUCUUCAAGAAGGACCUCGCUCAUCGCCUAAACAGCUGUAGAAGAUGA